CUACGGAGAGAACUCACUUCUUGAGGAAAGCCUUGGGCUUAUCUGACACAUUGACAGACUUAAGUUGAUCGGCAAAUGACGACGGUAAUGAUGAGAGGAUUUUUGUUCUUCAUCUGUUUGGUCUUCACAGCUGUUCAGUCCAUCACAGGCGAAAGGAACAGGAUAGAUGUGCCAAAAAAUCAUGAAAACGACGUGGCGCACCACAGCUCUACCAAUACAAGAGUAUGGAAUCAGGAGAAGCCAACGAGACUCUUUGCCAGGACUCAUUAUCUGUUUCAGCAGAGACAUCAUGUGGUGAAACCUAAGCCCAGACCUGAGGCAGUUCCUCCAGCCCAGACUCCAGCACGGCGCUGCGCUGGAUUAAUGGAGAGCUGUUCCUCUGUCACUCCCUGCUGUGACCCCUGCGCUUCAUGCCACUGUAGGCUCUUUAACACAAUCUGCCACUGCUGGAGACUGGUACACCUCUGCCCCAAGAAGACCUAAUGACCCUUAACACAUGUACAAACACACACUGACACCAACUAUAUAUCAAGCUGCUGUGCACAUACAGGAAUUAAACCUGCGUCUCGACACACACACUCACUGUCUGAUUGAAAUUGCUUUAUUGAGCACCAUCAAAAAAAAAAAAAGACAUUUAAUGACAUGACAUUUAACUAAGAGGUAAUUAUAUGCAUUACUUUCAUUACAGUGUAUGUUUAACUUUUACAUAAUCUACCAGGUAAUAUUUUGGGCACACCUACCCACAUUCUUAAGUGUUACAUUUUACACAUUUCAGAAUAGUAGUAAGCACAUCAAAGCUGUGAAAUAACACAAAUGAAAAUAUGGGAAUUAAGCAUAUAUUUUCACUUCUUCAAAUUAUUUGUCUAUGGGAAUUCUCUCAGCCAACUUCUUGAGUUAUCUACAGUACCUGGGAAUGUCUGAACAGUACUGAAGUACAUACAUUCCCAUGCAUGCUGGACACUUGUUGCCUGCUUUUCCUUCACUAUCCAUUCCAACAAUUAUUACAAAAACCUUGAUAGCCAACAUUUAUAUAUGCUAACAAACUAAUUUCAAGCAAUUGAGCAUAAGCCUUUAGAUCAAUUUCAGUCAAGUUUGUCCAAAAUUUUAACAGGUAGUGUACAGUAUGUGUACCAAUAAGAGUAAUUUGCACCAUUCUUCUUUUAUGGUAUGUUUACCAACUGGAGCUGACAGGAUCUUUUAGGAUUCAUGCCUCAUUUUGGCAAAGCUUUUUUUAUUAUUAUCGUUAUUAUCAAUAUUUUUGGCCCUAUUAAGAUGGGGCAUAUACUAUGUAAUCUAAACUAUUUAACCUGUGUAGGCUCUGUAUAACAAUCUCUAAAAUAACUUUAUAUAUUAGAAGUCAUUUUAGGUGCAGUAAAUGUGAAUGUCUUUGUUGUUAUCCUAUUGUGAUUUGUUUUGUUCAUAUAUAAAGCUGUGAAUGUAGCUUUUAAGAUGCACUCAUUUCUACUGUGAUUUUUCCAAUUGUCAUGUAACUGUUAAUCACACAUACACACACACACACAAACAUUAUACCUGUGGACAGGGCUAGACUGGUAAUCUGGCAUACCGGGCAUUUUCCUGGUGGGCCGACACACUUUGGGGCCGAUCAGGGGCAGACUGGCCAUCGGGAGAACCGAGCGGGCUGGUGGGUCAGCUGCGAAACGGGCCAAAUGGUCCCCGAUAAGCUAAAAUGAGCCGCCGCGUUAUGCAGAACGGACCACAAAACGCCGCCACGAUAUGCAGAAAAGAACAGCGAACACCCCCCUCAACUUUUAGGCCAGUUGCUAUGUAAAUUACCGAGCCGAUUUCUCUUACCAGUCCAGCCCUGCCUGUGGAAGACAAAAUGUAAGCUUUACUGUAGAUGAUAAGCUCCUUUGAAACAUUGACUUUAACAAUUAUGUACAGGAAGUUGCCAGCUAUACCCUCGUCAUUUAGUAUAUUCCAAUCCUCUGUCAAGUCAUUUUGACUGAAUAUUAUUGGGGGGAAAAAAAUCAAUGUCCAAUCAAAUGAUAUCUUUUUAAUAAUAAUACAGAAAAGAAUAAAAAUAAAAACAUUUAGA